AGCAAGCAGCUUAAAUGGACUGCAGCAACCGUUUACAUUCGAAAUCGGAAACAGCUGACAAAAUCAAUAAAUCAUUUACCGUAUUCUGGCAGUAGUCUUUGUCUGACAAAAUAAAACGAAAAAUUCAAAUUCAACAUUCUCCUUAUAUAGCUCUACAAUUAACAUGUCAAGAUGUCGUCUUCGCCAUCGCAUCCUUAUGGGCUAAAAGCGGACGACAUAGCCAACCAGCAAGAACCAGCUACGGCCACAAUACACACCAGUGGGCGUCGGUCGUCACCCAGGCCCCUACGACCAGAGCGAAAGGACUCUUUGGAGUACUUUAUAAAGUUCCCUAAGCCCUCCUCAGAAAACGAUUUUGCACUGGUCAACACCAACGACAGCGAGGACAACAACGUUCCCAUCGUAAUGCUGCUGGGAUGGGCGGGCUGCCAAGAUCGAUACCUGAUGAAAUACUCAAAAAUCUAUGAGGAUAAGGGUCUUAUAACUGUCCGAUAUACUGCACCAGUAGAUACACUGUUUUGGAAGCGAACUGAAAUGGUUCCAAUCGGAGAGAAAAUCCUCAAGCUAAUUCAGGAUAUGAAUUUCGAUUCCCACCCCCUAAUAUUUCACAUAUUCUCGAAUGGCGGAGCCUACCUGUACCAACACAUUAACCUAGCUGUGAUUAAGUACAAGUCUCCGCUUCAGGUUCGCGGCGUGAUUUUCGACUCGGCUCCUGGAGAGCGUCGGAUGCUGGGACUGUAUCGCGCAAUUACGGCCAUCUAUGGGCGGAAAAAACGCUGCAACUGCUUGACUGCACUGGCCAUCACCAUCACCCUGACAAUAAUGUGGUUUGUAGAGGAAUCAGUUUCCGCCUUUAAAAGUCUAUUUGUGCAAUCGUCUCCGGUCCACCCCAGCCCAUAUUGCGAGUUGAAGAAGGAAACCAAUAAAUACCCACAGCUGUUCUUAUACUCCAAGAGCGACAUCGUCAUCCCAUACCGCGAUGUCGAGAAGUUUAUUCGGCUGCGGCGUGACCAGGGCAUCGAGGUAUCGUCGGUAUGUUUUGAAGAUGCCGAACACGUAAAGAUUUAUACCAAGUAUCCUAAACAAUACGUUCAGAGUGUGUGUAAUUUUAUAAAAAACUGCAUGGCUAUACCUGCUCUGAAUGUGGCGUCUUGUUAUGAGCUAAGUUCGCCCACGGAAAACCCAUAUAGGUCAAACCUUAAGUAUGAUUAGAGGGCAGCGCACUAUAAAAAAGCACAACUAAAUCAGUCACGGAAACAUACGUAAUAUAGCUUUUAAACCAAUAUAAUAAUAUAAAAUUUAAAGCGCUUAAAUGUAGAAACGAUUUUGAAAAUUAUUAAAAUAAAUACAUAUGUGCAUACAUUUA